AUGACUUCAUCUUCAUCCACGAUUAUCCGUAUCCCCCGGACCGAUACCGAUCAGGAGGAUGACUGCAUCCUGGGCGAGGUGGUCCACUCGGGAGGGUCAUCCGCGAGGGGAUUGAAACCGCUGAAUCUCAGAAUAAUUACUACGGAGGGUGAAGAACCGUAUGCGCUCACGCUAAAACAUGACCACAUUAACGACCUCCGCGCCAGCAGCUCCGCCUGCUCCCCCACAGAAUGGCAAUCCAUCCUAUCCUCCCUCUUCAUAACCGCCUCGCCAGUAGAAGGCAUCGAAGCCGGCGCCGAAGUAGAAACCCGGGGCAAGAAAAAGUCCAUCACCAUCACCAUCCGUCGCCGCGUAGCCGGCAUCAACCAACGGCUUGGUGCCCUAACCCUCGUUCACUCCCCUUCCUCCGAGAUCCAGCUCUUCGACUGGUGUUCGCAACUCGCCAUCUCCCGUCAAACCGCACUCACUUCCCUGUCCACCUCCGCCGCGCAGGUCGCGGAUCUCGAGGCCCGUGUGGCUGACCUGAAGAAGCAGUUGGAGGAACUCACGCAGUCCAAGGUUGAGCAGGAGACCGAACUGUUGCAGAAGUUCAGGGCGCUGCUUAAUGAGAAGAAGGCCAAGAUUCGUCAGCAGCAGCAAGCUUUGAGCAGUAGAGCAAGGCCAAGGUCGGGUUCGCGGGAGAGGUUGUCGGGGGUGAUUGAGAGUGCGAGGAGUAAGUCCAGAGUUAACGUACCGGAAAGUCAAUUGGAUGAGGAUGAAAAUGAGGAGAAUGAGGAAGAAGAGGGUGGUGCCAAGAUCGGCAAGAUAGGAGCAGGAGGACGCGGAACAGGAUCAGCGAAAGCAAGGACAAACACAAGAACCGCCCGUGUCUCCAGACCAGGAAAACGAAAGGCUGCGAAGGACGUACCAUCAUCAGACGAUGACGACGACGACGACAACGACGACGACGACCACGCAAAAUUCGAAAAGAUGGAUGUCGACGAGCCGGAACCAGAGCCAGAAUCAGAGCCGGAACCAUCAUCAAAGACGGUCACCAUGGGACAAUCAUCCUCUAGCAAAACCCUCGACCACGAGGACGUCACUGAUAACGACGAGGACGAAGAUGAGGUCCUCAAUAAGACAUCUGACCGCAACACCCCAGACCGCGACGAUGACGAAACAGCCAGUGAGCCCGAUGAGGAGGAUGGGACUGUAGAAGCCGGGGAGAAGGAUCUUGAUGUGCCGCCUCCUUCACCGCCGCCUGCUAGACGACAACGCACGGCAGCGGCAUCCUCGACAACGACGACAACCCCUCAGAAAAAGACGACGGCUGCUGUCGUAGGAAAGGGAAAGGGAAAGGAGACGCAAACGCCCAUUUCUCAUACUAAGAGGGCGGGGGCGACGGCUACGAGAGCGUCUCAACCUGCUGCUGCUGCUGUAGUGGAUGAGGGGAGUGAGACGGAGUCUGAUGAUGAGUUGUGAGCGGACGG